UUCGAGGCUAUGGCGACUUACGUGCAGCUGAACACCGGCGCCAAGAUGCCUAUCCUUGGGCUAGGCACAUGGAAGUCUCCACCAGGGCAGGUAACAGCUGCAGUGAUGGCUGCCAUUGAUGCUGGGUACCGCCACUUAGACUGUGCCUACGUCUAUCAGAAUGAAAAUGAAGUAGGGGAAGGGAUCCAGCAAAAAAUCAAGGAAGGUGUUGUGAAACGAGAGGACCUCUUCAUUGUCAGUAAGUUGUGGUGCACAUUUCAUGAAAAGUCUCUGGUGAAAGGAGCCUGCCAGAAAACCCUUGCUGCCCUGAAACUGGAUUACUUGGAUCUCUACCUCAUCCACUGGCCUUUUGGUUUUAAGGCAGGAGAGGAGCUGUUUCCCACAGAUGACAAAGGCAUCAUUAUACCCAGCAACACAGAUAUUCGACAGACCUGGGAGGCCAUGGAAGAGCUGGUGGAUGCUGGCCUUGUAAAAGCAAUUGGAAUCUCCAACUUUAACCAUGAGCAGAUUGAAAGAAUCCUGAACAAGCCAGGACUGAAGUACAAGCCUGCAACUAAUCAGAUUGAGUGUCAUCCAUACCUUACCCAGGAGAAGCUGAUCAAGUAUUGUCAGUCCAAAGGGAUUGCUGUGACAGCCUACAGUCCACUUGGCUCUCCUGACAGGCCAUGGGCUAAGCCAGAGGAUCCUUCCCUUCUGGAUGACCCCAAGAUCAAAGAGAUCGCAACCAAGCACAACAAAACCACAGCACAGGUUCUCCUUCGCUUCCAGGUCCAGAGAAAUGUGAUUGUGAUUCCCAAGUCUGUCACACCACAGCGCAUUGUGGAGAACUUCCAGAUAUUUGACUUUGAGUUGACUAAAGAGGAGAUGGCAACUAUUCUCAGCUUUAACAGAAACUGGAGAGCCUGUGAUAUGUCCUCGUGGAAAACUCACAAGGAAUACCCUUUCAAUGCAGAGUACUGAAGAUGGUUGCCUGCCUUUCUCCAGCCUUCUCAGAUAUGCUGAUGCCUAGGGGUUGUCUGCGUAGCUUUCUGAUUGCAUCAGACGCACAUCCCCUGCCCCUUUUGUCCUUUUUCCCUAAAAGAGAUGCAGUAUAUGUAGUCCAUUACUUUGUGUUCUCUUUUUCUUUUGUUUUUGGAAGAAGAAAUGCAAAAAUGGUUCUGAAGAGCACACUGAGGACUAGUAGAUUGUCUUUGCCAAACAGCAUGUCUGGAGUUGGUAAGCAGAAAACACUGAGAAAGUUUGAACAAGCAGUCACUUUUACUUUGGAAUACUAUGAAUUGGAGCUAGUGACUGUUGUCUGGAAGGACCAGGAUAUUGGCAGAUUUCACCUGAUUCAUGAGGUCUGCUUUUUUCUGAUUACUUCUUGGUUUGCUUUUGCUUCUUUUUGUAACACUCCAUGCCUGUUUUUUUUUCUUCCCCUUCCCUCUAACUGGAAGUACAAGUUGAUUUCUAAGUACAGCAUUUUCUACAUGGGUAGCUCUUUGAAAAAGUCUUUAGGUCCUGGUUUCUUGGUCAUAUAAAAACUGGU